GUUUUACUAUUCCUGGUGCAGUAAUCCAAGAAAUGGAGGACAGAAGAAGAAGGAAGAUGGCGUGUACGUAGCGGUAUCUGGCGUUGGCUGCAGGGAAUCAGAUCUACACCCAGAAUUUGUCUUGCGGAUUUGAUCACUUUUUCAUCUCCGAAUCGGUUUCGGAAUUCUCUUUACAAUCUUCAGUCUUGUUGCUGAAUUUUUGCAUUCGUGUUCGUUUUCGAAUUGUCUUGCUGAAUUUUAUCUGCUAUCUCUCAUCUGCUGCUGUUGUUGUUCCUCCUUUUGCAUUAGUCAAGAGCGAGCAAGCUGUUAAUGAAUUCGAUUCAAAUUUCUGGUUAUCUCCAUUGGUGGAUUCUUGUUGCACAGCUUGCCAUUCGAAGAUUCUAAUUCCAUCAUUAUCAUCGUCAGCAUUCAUUCACAUACAUAUUGGUGGCACUGCCAGAGCCUUCUCUACCAGCUUUGCUGUGCUAUAAAUAUAAAUAGUACUACUAGUUCCUGAAUUGGAGAGACCUCUUUAUUCAAUCAGUUCCACUUACGCCAAUUCCCACAUGACUUCAACGCUCUCCACAUCUCCAUCUUUCCUUCCAACGCCUUCCAUUGAACCUCCUCAACCCCCCUUUUCCGGCAACGGUGAUCCUUCCUCCUUGAUCCGCCACGAUUUGCCUGACAUUGACCAGACAGAGUUGCUCUCUGUAUCAUGGAACCAGGAUUAUGGCUGCUUUGCGGCUGGCACGUCCCGGGGUUUUCGAAUUUAUAAUUGCCAACCCUUUAAGGAAACCUUCAGGCGCGAUCUCAAAAGCGGGGGUUUCAAAAUUGUUGAAAUGCUCUUCCGCUGCAACAUUUUGGCACUUGUUGGCGGGGGCUCCAAUUCCCAGUACCCUCCAAACAAAGUUAUAAUCUGGGAUGAUCAUCAGAGCCGCUGCAUUGGUGAAUUUGCAUUUAGGUCUGAUGUUCGUGCUGUCAAAUUGAGACGAGAUCGCAUUGUUGUGGUUCUGGAGCACAAGAUAUAUGUCUACAGUUUUAUGGAUCUUAAGCUUCUUCAUCAAAUUGAGACUUUGGCCAAUCCUAGGGGACUUUGUUGCCUUUCUCACCAUGCCAAUACAUCUGUAUUGGCUUGUCCUGGCCUUCAUCGAGGGCAGGUUCGAGUAGAACACUUUGGUCUUAAUGUGAUGAAACUCAUUAAUGCUCAUGAUUCUCAUAUUGCCUGCCUCACCUUGACAUUGGAUGGUCUACUUCUUGCAACUGCUAGUACUAGGGGCACCUUGGUAAGGAUAUUCAACACAAUGGAUGGAACUCGCUUGCAAGAGGUACGAAGAGGAGUAGACAGAGCAGAUAUUUAUAGCAUUGCCCUCUCACCAAAUGUCCAAUGGUUGGCUGUGUCGAGUGACAAGGGCACUGUUCAUAUAUUUAAUCUUCGAGUUAGAGUUUUUGGGGAGGAUUCAUCUUCUCAACCAUCUUCUGUCCAAGGUCCAGCACUAUUUCAUCAGAAUUCUUCUACGUCACUUGAUUCACUUAUAUCUCCAAGCACUGGUGCUAAUCCUGGUUCAUCAUUAUCUUUUAUGAGAGGGGUUUUACCGAAAUAUUUUAGCUCUGAAUGGUCAUUUGCUCAGUUUCACUUACCUGAAGAUACCCAAUUUAUUGCAGCAUUUGGAUCUCAAAACACUGUUAUUGUUGUUGGCAUGGAUGCGAGUUUCUACAGGUGCAGUUUCGACCCUGUGCAUGGAGGAGAGAUGAUACAGCAGGAAUAUGUCCGUUUUCUGAAAACCGAUAGCCGGCCUAGAUAGAACUGCACCCAAACAGAUGCUUCUAAACUUGUAAAAUGGACCCUCAAUAUCUGUCACUUGUACAUAUCUUAAAAUCUUACUUCAAAUGAUGGUUCUUACUGUAUAAUGUGCAAGAAAUUGCUGUGCCAGUUACUUGUAAAUGGUAAUAAAUUGCUGGUAACGGCAAA